GUACAAACACAAGUGGCAUCUAUUUCAGCGUGCGCUAUAGCUUAAGGAAUCCCAUGAGGAAUUCACUCCGGGACCAUGAGAUGAGCGCAACGGAUAGCUGUGUGAUUUAGUGCCGACGACUCUUUUCUUUUGCAUCUGAAAGCAGAUAUGUCUGGGAUGGAUGGGCCUGUGGAGGAGAUAAAUGGGACGGAAGUAAACAGCGAGAGUUUCCUGAGGUUCAGCCCUACAUCUGUCUCUACCGGGGCGGCCGCUGCCUCAUACGGACGGACUGCCAAUGUUUACGUCUACGUCUCCAUCUUCCUCAGCUUGCUGGUCUUCCUGCUUACCCUGCUGAUCAUUGCUCUCCACCGGCUGAAGAACAUCAUAUCUUCCAGCUCUUCAUAUCCAGAAUGCGGCAGUGAGGCCGGGAGCUCCUUCACUAACAUGAACAUGGAGAUCUGCAGCAUCUCCUCACAGAGAUCAACAGUGUCAUCGCUGUCCUGACAGCUGAGAAAGACAGAUCGAUUACUCAUGUCUGAACGUACUGAUAUUCUAGAAGUUUAGAAACAUUUUAGCAAGUACUUUAAAUAGUUAUCAUUAUUAUCAGUGUAAUUUUCAUUAACAUUAUUCAGAUUAAACCAUUCCACCAACCCUGUAUUACUUAAAUUAAAUAAACCACAGAAGACCGUACUGAAGCAUUUUCAUGAAAGCUUUGUAUGAUUUUGGAAAAAUAUUAAUGACUUGUGUAUGUUAAUCACAUUGUGUACAUAAAGCUGACUCUAUGAUGACAUUUUCAUAAAAGAAUAUACUUUAAAAAAAAUCAAGAAUAUAUCAAAUGCAACAUGUCAUC